CGUGGCCGGCGCCGUUCCCGCGCACACCCGAGCGCAGCGGCGGCCGGGGCCGCUCCAGCGGCGGCAGCACCGCAGCCCCGAUGGCCAAGCAGCCCCCCGAGGUGAAGGCGCGACGCGACGGCGAGGGCGGGCGGCUGCCGGCGGCCGAGGGGGGGCCGGGCCCGGGCGCGCAGCUGCGCCCCGGCGCUCCCGCCGCCCUGCCCGGGGCCGGCAGCGGGAACGGGAACGGCUCCGGCGCGGCCGCGGCGCGGGGCCCGCCCGCCAGCCCCGGCCCCUUCGCCACCCGCUCGCCGCUCUUCAUCUUCGUGCGGAGGUCGCCGCUGCUGCCGCGCUCCUCCAGCGGGUACUUCUCCUUCGACGCCGAGCGCAGCCCCGGGCCCCUGUGCUGCGACAAGGCCACGCAGACCCCCAGCCCGCCCUGCCAGGCGCUCAGCCACUGCCUCAGCGCCAUGGCUUCCCGGUGGCACUCGGUGGCCGAGGACGUGCAGCCCGAGGUCUGGAUCGCGCAGGAGCUGCGGCGCAUCGGGGACGAGUUCAAUGCCUCCUAUUGUCCACGAAGGGUAACUUUC